AUGCAGGGCACCCGCCUGGGUAAGAUGCGCGCCUACUGGCUCGGCAGCGUUGUCUGCAUCGGUGGUUUCCUGUUCGGCUACGACUCUGGCAUCGUGGGCGGCGUGCUCACCCUCAAGUCCUUUGAGCGUGACUAUGGCUACUCGUCGGCCGAUGCCACCCGUGUCGACUCGCUGGCCGUGGGGCUGCAGCAACUGGGCGCCUUUGUCGCGUGCUUCCUUGCGUGGCCGCUCACCGACAGGCUGGGCCGGAGGAAAGCCCUGAUGAUCUCGAGCCUCGUCUUCUGCAUCGGUGCUCUCAUCCAGACCAUCAACACGCACUCGCUCGCCGCCUUUUACGUCGCACGGGUCAUCGCAGGGCUGGGGCUGGGCACCGCCACCGUGGUCGUGCCCAUGUUCAGCUCCGAGAUGAGCCCGACCGAGCUCAGGGCCAAGAUCGGCAGCUUCUUCCAGUGGUUCUUUACCUUUGGCAUCUUCGUCUCGUACUGGGUUGAUUACGGCGUCGCCCUGGGUAGCGACACUUCCCGCCAGUGGCAGAUCCCCAUCGGUCUACAGCUCGUCCCAGGCGCGCUGCUCGGGCUGGGCAUGCUGACGCUCAAAGAGAGCACAAGAUGGCUGACCCGCAAGGGCCGUCAUGACGAGGCUUUCGAGAGCCUGCAGUGGAUCCGCGCCGAUACUUCUUCACAGGCCGUGCUCGACGAGAUGGAGGACAUCCGGGUCGGGGUCGAGGCCGAGGCGAGGGCGCGUGAGGGAUUCCACCCGAGGGAGCUGCUGCAGCGGGACAACUUUAAGAGAGUGUUUGCUGCUUCCGCCAUCUUCCUCGCCCAGCAGGCCACGGGAGCCACCGCUUUUGCCUACUUUGGCCCGCAGUACUUCAAGCUGCUGGUAGGUGCGGGCAACAGAGACCUACUCCUGACCGCCAUCUUUGGCGCCGUCAAGGUCCUCGCCUGUGGCAUCUUCGUCCUGUUCGUGUCUGAGCGGGUGGGCCGCCGCAAUGUUCUGAUCGGCGGUGCGGCCUUCAUGGCGGCCUGUCAGAUCGCCACAGCCGCGGUGGACAAGGCGAUGCCUCCGCCGGCCGAGGGGACUAUCACCAGCUCGGGCAUCGCUAUGGUCGCUCUCAUCUACCUCUUUGUGAUUGCAUACAACUUCUCCUGGGGACCGAUGCCAUGGCCUUACGUAUCAGAAAUCUUCCCAGCCCGGAUUCGUGAGCCUGGUGUCGCCAUCGGCGUUGGGUCGCAGUGGCUUUUUAAUUUCGUCUUCUCCCUCACGACGCCUUAUAUGAUCAAGAACAUGGGCUGGGGUACUUUCCUCUUGUGGGGGGUCUUUGACGCUGUUAUUGCAAUACUCGCAUUCUUCUUCCUCAAGGAGACCAAGGGAUUGUCGUUAGAGACGAUCGCGCAUCAGCAGUUCACCAAGGGCACCUCGAGAGGAGAUGCCAUGCCUGGCAUCAAACAUGUAGAUACGGCAGACGAUGCGCCGGCGCCUUGA